AUGGAUGAGCAAACCAAUGAUCAGGUUCAAGCUGUUCGUCAAGACGUUGAAGAUUUGAAAGAUCAAUUGGCAAAAAUCCUAGAAUUGCUCACCACUGGAAGAGGAAAGAGUGUUACAGGGGCUUCAUCACAAGUGGAAGUGAAUUUGAAUCAGGUACUAGAGGACAUGUCUGCAUACCCCUCGGAUUUCACUCCUCAAAAGUCGUCUAGUCCAUGCAUGGUGGAUAGGACAUAUCCUACAUCAUUUUCCGCGCCAAAUCCUAACACAACCACCCAACAAGCAGCCCAUGCGAGCAAUCCCACAUCUACUCCAAUUAUGGAAGGUGGUAAGAAAAUUUCAGAAGAGCAGGGUAGUAGAAGAAGACUGGAAUUUCUAGAAGAAAGACUGUGCGCCAUUGAAGGUGCAGACAUGUAUGAGAGUAUCGACGUAACACAACUAUGUUUGAUAUCAGAUGUGGUGAUCCCUCCCAAAUUCAGGAUUCCAGAUUUUGAGAAAUACAAUGGAACCACGUGCCUAAAAAGUCACCUAGUUAUGUACUGCCAAAAAAUGUCAACUUAUGCUCAUGAUGAAAAAUUGUUAAUUCAUUGCUUCCAAGAUAGCUUAGUCGGCUCGACUUCUUGCUGGUACAUGCAAUUGGAUGGUUCACAAGUGCAUAGGUGGAAGGAUCUUGCUAAUUUCUUUUUUAAAACAAUAUAA